AUGGAGGCUGGGCGUAAUGUCGUUGUAGUUUCGCUCUCCCUUUUUUCUCUGUACUUUGUUUAUGCUCACAUUUAUCGUUCUCAUCGGUUGUUGAGAACAAAUGUGCUGCACAGCGACCACCUCCCAAGUUUAGUUUAUGUUUAUGUGAAGUACUUGUUGCGGGUGAUCGGACGGAGAGCGGGGUGUCUGGUGUCUGCAGGGACGCAGCAGCUCGUCUACACGCUGACCAGCUGCAGCGUGGAGAACAGCCGCCUGAGGAGGUUCUGCAGCCGUGCGGGUUACGGCUGGGACUACCCGGACACAGAGUACAGAGACAUCCCGCUGUGCUUCCCGGAGUUCCUCUGCUGCAGACUGCUGGACUUGUUGUUCACUGAUGAAAACUUCCGGCUCAGUCCGGCGGGUCUGGUCCGGGUGCGUCAGAGGUUAAAAACCCUCCAGCCGGUUGAUGAGCUGAAGAAGGGUCCGUUCACGCUGCAGGCCCGGGCGCUGGAGUACCGGCAGGGCGACGCGGGGGUGGAGGUGGACGUCUGUCUCACUGCCUCGUCCCGCUCUGGAAGCCCGGUGUGGGAGAGCGUCCUAACGCUGCUGUCCAGAAACAAGCUCCACAAACCCAGCAGAUGCUCACCUGCGGACGGAGACACAAGCGAGCGUCAUGACGACCCACUGGCAGAAAAUGAGACGCAGGUAGAGCUCAGCGUUCCCACGAUGACCGGCCUGCGUUGUUUGUGCUCCUUCUCUGACUCCCCCCCCCAUCGGCUGCUCUCUGUGCCGUUCGGGUUUCUGGGCUUCAGAUCUCAGACGGUUCCAAGUCUGUGGGUUCUGUCUGUCUGCCUGGCCGAAAUAGAAAAGCACAGAGGGGUGGAGGUGAUCACAGCUCCUGUCAACGUCACUGCUCAGUUCAUGGAGCCUCUGCUGGCUCCAGGAAAAGUAAGAAUCAGGUUUUGGGACCAGCCCAGAGAUGUGGGUCAGUCUUGUGCCACAGACCUGAGCUUCAGCAUGGAGCAGCGAGGACGCCGCACGCUUCAAGUGGUUGGACGGAUUUCUAGGUUUUAAUUGGCAUAAAAGGUUGAUUUUUGCCAUUUUGCCUAAACACAUUGAAAUACAGUACCAACAUUUUUCUUUGUUUCUUCUGUUAUUUAAUUUUAAUCUUAAGAUUGCAUUUGACUAAAAAACUAUCUGCUCACCACCAUCAAGCAAAGACUUCAGUGUUUCCAGAAAUCUUGGGCAGACGGUGUUGAUAACCUUAAAAUAUGACCACUGAUUUUUAGUUGCACCGCUAAUCACUUAAGUGUUUUUGGAAGCUUAACCCACUCCUGUCAACCAGACCUUUACUACUACUACUACUGUCAUUUAGCAGACGCUUUUAUCCAAAGCGACUUACAUCUGAGAUACACAGACACACGAUGGAGCAAUUAGGGUUAAGGCCUUGCUCAGGGGCCCAAGGUAGUUCAUCUUGGUUGCUAUCUGGGGGUUGAACCUGGAUCCUCCAGACCCAAGCCCCCCUCUGUAGCCACUAGUCCAGGGGUCGGCAACCCAAAAUGUUGAAAGAGCCAUAUUGGACCAAAAACACAAAAAACAAAUAUGUCUGGAGCCGCAAAAAAUGAAAAGUCUUGUAUAAACCUUGGAAUGAAGACAACGCAUCCUACUAUAUUAGUUAUAACUGGGGGAAGAUUUUUUUUUCAUUGUGCACUUUGAGAAAAAAGUCGAGAUGUCAAGAAAAAAGUUGAAAUGUUGAGAAAAAAGUCGAAAUGUUGAGAAAAAAGUCGAAAUGUCGAGAUUAAUGUUGAAGUACGAUCUCGAGAAAAAAGUCGAAAUGUUGAGAAAAAUGUCGAAAUGUUGAGAAAAAAGUCAAAAUUUCAAGAAAAAAGUCGAAAUGUCAAGAUUAAAAAGGAAAGGAAAAAGAAGAAAAGAAAAAAAGGAAAAAAGAAAAAGAAGAAAAAAGGGAAAAAAAAGGUUAACAUUUUUGAAAUCCAGGGAGCCACUAGGGCGGCGCUAAAGAGCCGCAUGCGGCUCUAGAGCCGCGGGUUGCCGACCCCUGCACUAGACUACCACCCCCUCUAAUAUACAUACAUACAAUAUAUAUACAACAAAACUUGGUUUCUAUAAUGCUGCUGCAGCAAGAAUAAAUAUUAAAAUGCAGUUUGGAAAAGUGGGGCACACAGGAAACACUGCAAAUAAAUGCCAUUUAAAGGAAUGUCAGACACAAUUUUGUUGUUCAUGUGUCUCACCAAAUAUAAAUAAAUACAAAAUCAAUAAACAUGUGUAUUGUUUCAGCUUGGAUCACCAGAGGGGUUCUAGUUAAUGCCGAAGUGGGCAGGCGCCCAGGGGCAGAAGCAGGGGGGGGGCAGAGAAGAGGUGUGUUCGCCCAGGGCGUAAAACAAGUCAGGUCCGCCUCUGGCAUAAAUGACUGAAUGUAAAACACAUUUCUCAAUCUCUUUGUAGAACUUCACCUAAGUUAAAAAGUCGCCAUACAUGUGUGGACCGUUUACUGAGCACGAGCACCUUGUCGCUAAGUCUACCAGUUGACCACAGCGAGCAGCGAGUGAAGACUUUUCAAUAUUUGAUCCAUCCAAUAUUCCCAUUUCCAACUUGCUUGUAUGUGACGGUCUGUCGUCUUGUAUAAUUUAUUGAAACACAUUCAGUCAUUGCAUAGAUGAGUGGUUCUUCAUGCAUCCCUGCACCGCUGCUACGUUGCAUCAGGAAAACGUUUCCAGCGUGAUGGAGAGAAAAUACAUCCUGGGUCUGAGAGAAGACGGGGGGCUUGCAGGUCUGCUCCAAUCAAAGGAAACCUGCCACUAGUUUAUUUCCUACACAGUCUUGGAGAAUUGUGUUUUUAAAAUUCACGUUUUGGGAUUUUCAGCUCUAUCAUCGAUUUUUCAUAUUUACUUAUCCUUAUUGAUGGUUGACCCCUUGACGGAUCCAGGAGACAGUUUCAGAGGUGGAAAACCCCACCUGGAAGUGUCCACAUGUCAGCCUCGAAACAGCUUGAAGACUGAAGGACUUAAUUAAAAAAUUGUGUUAUUUCUUGGUUAUCAAGAUUUAAAUGUUAUUAGGCAGCAUUGCUUCUUCAAAAGAAAUGAAAUAAGGUAGGUACAGUUAAUGUCAUGUCAUUGUUUUUAAUCAAGUGUCAUUCUUUGUCAUGAAUUCUUUUUAGCUUUCUGAUCCUUGUAGGUUUUAUGUUUGUUUGUUUCUUGUUUUUAUAUGUUUUUAUUUUUUUUGUAAAGUUACUUGUCCUUGUAUGUAUUUUCUUUUAUAUGAAACUGAAUUUAUUUUUCUGCUGCCAUCUUGCCCAGGACUCCCUGGCAGAAGAGAUAUUGUAUCUCAAUGGGACUUUCCUGGAUAAAUAAAGGAUAAAUAAAAAUAAAAAUGUGGCUGCGAU